CAGAAAACAAAAACUUGUCAAAGGUGUUUCUUCAUUUUUUAAAGAAGGCUGGAAUGAGCAAUAUAAAGCUAGGAGUUGAAGUCAUAAGCGCACAUGGUCUGUUUCACAGAGAAAAGCAAGACUCAUGUAGCCCUUUCGUGGAGCUCAAGUUCGAUAACCAGAUAUUCCGCACAACCACCAAACACAACGACCCGAAUCCCAUCUGGCACGAGUGUUUCUACUUCGUUGUCUCGAAUCCUUCCGUACUGUCAACCCGCACACUCGAAGCCCAUGUCUACAGCUACCAGAACAACGAAUCCGAAGCUAAGCCCUUUCUUGGCAAAGUUCGAGUCAAUGGAACAUCCUUUGUUCCUCGCUCUGAAGCAGCUCCUUUCAAUUACCCUUUAGAGAAACGCAGCGUUUUCUCUCGAGCUCGUGGAGAGCUUGCCUUGAGAGUCUUCAUCACAGACGACCCUUCUAUUACACCUUCUGUUCCCUCAACCACGGUUCCAGAAUCUCCUCGAGCUUCUUAUAUCCCAAGUCCGAGGAAAGACCCUGUAAAGUCUAUAAUCACAGGCUCUGAUCAUGAUGCUAACAUGGCUGCUGAUCAUGAGAGAACAGAGCAUAAGCCUAGAGCACGUACGUUUCAUAACGUUCCCCCUUCACAGCCGAAGAUGAAUUACGGCGUUCACGAGAUGAGAGCUGCGCCGAUGCCUCCAAGAGUAGUUCAAGUCAACGGUCCAGGUCCAUCCUCGCACCAGCUGCCACCGGAUUUCUCUGUGAAAGAGACGAGCCCGUUUCUUGGAGGGGGACGCAUCGUUGGAGGAAGAGUGGUUCGUGGUAGUGAAAGGCCAUCAAGCGGCACAUAUGAUCUCGUUGAGGAGAUGAGAUUCCUCUUUGUGAGAGUCGUCAAGGCCCGUGAUCUUCCCACCAGAGACCUUACGGGAAGCCUAGACCCUUAUGUUGAAGUGAAAAUCGGAAACUUCAAAGGCGUUACCACGCAUUUCGACAAGAACUCGGAUCCUGAGUGGAACCAAGUCUUUGCCUUUGCUAAAGACAAUCUUCAGUGGAACAUUCUUGAAGUUGUGGUCAAGGAUAAAGACGUCGUCCUCGAUGAUUUUGUCGGGAUUGUUCGGUUCGAUCUCCAUGAGGUUCAGUCUCGUGUUCCUCCGGAUAGUCCUUUAGCUCCAGAGUGGUACAGGUUGGAGAACAAGAGAGGGGAGAAGAAGAAAUCAGAGAUCAUGCUUGCUGUUUGGUACGGUACUCAAGCUGAUGAAACUUUUGGUGACGCGAUUUUCUCAGACUCAUUGCCAUAUUCAGACAGCUCAAACAUCGUAUCAGCUAACCUGCGCUCCAAAGUGUACCAUUCUCCUCGGCUAUGGUACUUAAGGGUCAAAGUAAUAGAGGCUCAGGACGUGAUCAUCGUGUCCGACAAAUCACGUCAUCCUGAGGCCUUUGUGAGAAUCCAGGUCGGUAAUCAGAUGUGGAAGACGAGAGUUUCUCAGAGAAGCAUUCAUCCAAAAUGGGACGAGGAGUUCAUGUUUGUCGUCGCUGAGCCUUUUGAGGAACACAUGGUCGUCUCAGUCGAAGACCACUCUGCACCUAACAGAGAUGAGCCAGUUGGAAAAGCUGUGAUUCCACUGGCUUCUAUUGAGAGACGUAUAAAUGAUAGACCUCUUCUUGGACGCUGGUUUCAUCUUGAAGACUCCAUCUCAGACGCUAUGGAUGAUGAGAAAGCCAAGAAAGUGAAAUUCGCAAGCAGGCUACAUUUAGCUGCGGUUCUUGAUGGAGGCUACCACGUUUUUGAUGAGUCCACUUACUACAGCAGCGAUCUCAGGCCAACGGCGAGACCGCUCUGGAAAUCAGCAAUCGGAGUCUUGGAGCUCGGUAUACUUAACGCAAACGGGCUCCAUCCGAUGAAAACUCGUGACGGGAAAGGCACUUCGGACACGUACGUUGUAGCCAAAUACGGUCACAAGUGGGUUCGAUCAAGAACCGUAAUCAACAGCUUGAGUCCAAAGUACAACGAGCAGUACACAUGGGAGGUUUUUGAUCCCGCGACGGUUUUAACCAUCUGCGUCUUUGACAACGCUCAUUUCUCAGCUGGGAUCAAUAACGGAGGAGGAAACAACAGAGAUCAGACGAUUGGGAAAGUAAGAAUCAGGCUCUCGACUCUUCAGACAGGGCGUGUCUACACGCACGCUUACCCUUUACUUGUUCUGCAACCUUCUGGUCUUAAGAAAAGAGGAGAGCUUCACUUAGCCGUGAGGUUCACAUGCACAUCGGUCUCCAAUAUGCUGAUGAAAUACACAAAACCUCUCUUGCCUAAAAUGCAUUACAUACAACCUUUAUCUGUAAGCCAACAAGAAGGGCUUAGAGGGCAGGCUUUCAAAAUAAUCGUGGCUCGUUUAGGCCGGUCCGAGCCACCGCUUAGACGUGAAGUGGUCGAGUAUAUGACAGAUUUUACGAAUAAUCUGUUCAGCAUGAGGCGAAGCAAAGCCAACUUCUUCAGGUUCACGACCGUUUUCUCUGGCGUCAUGUCUGUUUGGAAGUGGAUGGCUCAAGUGUGCACCUGGAGGACGCCGGUGACGACGGCUCUGGUUCACGUGUUGUACACAAUGCUUGUGAUGUUCCCGGAGAUGAUUUUGCCGACUGUGUUUCUGUAUAUGGCUGUGAUUGGGCUGUGGAACUACAGGUUUAAGCCAAGGUUUCCUCCUCAUAUGGACACCAAACUAUCUUAUGCAGAGAGUGUGAAUGCUGAUGAGCUCGACGAAGAGUUUGAUAUCUUCCCGACCGUAAAGGCUCCGGACAUUGUGAAAAUGAGGUAUGACCGGCUGAGAAUUGUGGCGGGAAAGAUACAGACGGUGGUUGGAGACAUAGCGGCACAGGGAGAGCGCGUGCAGGCGCUUCUGAGCUGGCGUGAUCCACGCGCCACCGCAAUUUUCGUGACGUUCUGUUUCAUCCUUGCCAUGGCUCUCUACAUUACCCCUUUUAAACUCUUGGCUCUCCUCUCCGGUUACUACUUCAUGAGACACCCUAAGCUCCGACACCGAAUUCCCUCCGCUCCACUCAACUUUUUCCGGCGACUCCCGGCAAUGACAGACUCUAUGCUCUGAAUCUCCUUACACAGAAUUCAAAGAGAAUACAACAUACAUGUAUGUAGAUAAAUCUUCAUCUUCUUCUUUGAACUUGUAUCUAUCUAUCUAUCUAUCUUUCUAUCUAUCUUUCUAUCUAUCUGCAUCCAUAAAAUGUAUAUUUUUGAGAAUAUUGCAUCCAUGAACU